UGCCUCGAGGGUAUAUAGUAACAGGACCACCUUAGCGUUUCCUCUGUUACCAGCAGACAGCCUUGGAGAGUGGAUGUUGCUGUAUUGUCAGAAUUCCAAGGUUCACCUGAGAAGACAAUGGCACCAACAAAUUUGGCUGUCUCAGCUGGUUAUGAAAAGACUCUGCUGAAGACCAGAGCAAAAGACAUUUUCAGCAGACGGCAUGAAUAUGAAGAGGGUCUUGAAAUACGAAAACUGGAGAUGAAUGUGGAACACAAAAAUGAUAAGGAUAAGGUGCAGAAGAUGUCUCUUGGACAGAAAACAAAUAGGCCAACAAAGGUGAUUCUCUUAGUGGGUGCCACAGGUACUGGAAAGACAACUCUCAUCAAUGCCAUGGUGAACUAUAUAUAUCAGAUUGACUUCACUGACGACUUUAGACUGGUUCUUAUUGACGAUAAAAAUGCCCCUAAGCGCUCCCAGGCAGAGAGUCAGACAGAUCUGAUCACAGCUUAUGCAUUCUACCAAUUACCAGGAAUGCCCUUCGAGUACAAUUAUGUGCUCAUUGAUACUCCAGGUUUUGGAGACACCAGAGGCAUUCAGCGUGAUCGUGAUAUGAUGAAACAGCUAGAAAUGUUUCUGAAACAAGAUUAUGGAAUUGAUCAGGUUGAUGGAGUUGGUUUUGUUACUCCUGCUUCUGCUGCAAGAUUGACUCAGACUCAGAGGUAUGUCUAUGAUGGCCUUUCUUCAAUGUUUGGUAAAGAUAUUAAGGAUAAUAUUUAUAUUAUGGCUACAUUUGCUGAUGCAAAGACUCCUCCUGUGUUAGAUGCACUUAAAGAAGCUGAAGUACACUACUCUGGAUUUUACAAGUUCAACAACAGUGCACUCUAUGCUCGUAACACUGGUGGAGAUGGAGGAAGUAGUGAUGAUUCAGAUGAUGAAGAUUCAGCAUACAUUUGUAAGUUGUUCUGGGAGAUGGGUUACAAAAGCAUGACAAAUUUCUUUUUAAAGUUAGGAAAGACUUCUCCAGCAAGUCUAACACUUACCAAACAGGUGCUUGAGGAACGAAGUCGCCUACAGUUAGUGGUAAUCGGUUUACAGAAUCAGAUUCAUUUAGGCUUGGGAAUGCUUUCAAACUUGAAUCAAGAGAGAGAUAUGUUGACCCGUCUUGAUGAUGAUAUGAAAGGCAGUGCAAAUUAUCAGGAAGAAGUUGAAGUUCCCAAGAUAACCAAAAUUGACUUGAAUCCCAGGGAAAAUGUGACUAAUUGUCUAAAGUGUAACAUGACUUGCCAUUAUCCAUGUUAUAUUCCUGAUGAUGCUAACAAAGCUGGUUGCUGGGCAAUGACAGAUAACUAUUGUAGAGUUUGUCCAGAGAAGUGUUAUUGGGACAUUCAUAAGAACAUGGGGUUCAGGUAUGAACACACUUGGAUAAAGGAAACUCGCACAGUGCAGGAACUUUUGGACCGCUAUGAGAAAGCUUCCAAAGGAAAACUUGACAAAGAAGAUGCCAUCAAAGCCAUAGAAAAUGACAUAAAUCAACAUGCACAGAUCCUUAUUGACAUGAUAAAGGAAGCCCAGAGUCAUGUAGAACGAUUAGAGGAAAUUGCCCUCAAGCCCAAUCCAUUGUCAACAAAGGAAUACAUUGACCUAAUGAUUGAGUCUGAGAAGAUGCAGAAACGACAUAACUUCGAGAAGAGAAUUGAGCUUCUUGUAAAACUUAAGGAAGAAGUAGCAGUCAUCCAGGGAGUGCGUGGAAACUGUAAUCAAUCUGGUGAAUCCCUACUUAAAUAUUUCCAAGGACAUAUUAUACACCCUGAACGAGAGGAGGCAUCUAUACAUCAGGAUCAUGUUGAGCUGGGAUGGAUAUAUGAUAGAGCUCAGCAGAAGUACUUUCACUGUGAAGACGCAAAUAUGAUCAAGGCUCGGAUGUGUUCUCCUGAAUUCAAAUUUGAAAUCUGGGAUCAGGAUUUUAUUCAAUGGGCACUGGAGAACUCACGUGUUUUUGAUGGCGCAGGAUGGGUACAACAAUACGAAACAAAGACUGGUUAUGUAUAUCUAGUAAAGGGAAAUAAAGUGAUUGAGAUGACAGGUGACAUUGCACCUCAUUAUCACGAGUAUAUUGUCACUUCUCUUAAUUUUAAGUGUUAUGUUGAUAUGCUAAUCCAUUUUCCACAUAAGCUAGAACAGAAUUUGUUGUCUGACUUGGUAAAUUAUCUGUAUUCUGUGGUUAAUGGUGAUAACAUAAGUUUAAUUCCUGAAGAAUUAUGUAAAGAAGGUGAAGCUUAUAUCUAUCCUCCAGGAAAUAAAAGUAAGAACUUCAAAUUUAUUAAAUAUGCUUUACAAGAAUUUUUACGUCUUUUGACAGAGUCUGAAGUCAGUAAACAUCCAUAUUCCACAUAUGUAAUAAAACCUACUGUAUCUAUUAAUACUUAUGCUUCUGCUGUUAAGAAUACUAAGAAGGAAAUAAAAAACAUCAAUAAAACAAGCAUUCCAAAAACACAUCAAAGUGUAGUUAAGAGUUAUGACACACUUAGCACACCAGAAGAAGAAAACUCUGAUUUUGGAAGCACUAGUAAAGAGCGUUGCAGUCACUGUGAAAAUGAUUUACAGAAAAACGUUGGAAAUUCACAAAUGACAGCUGAGAGUCAACUGAUGGAAUUCUCCCAACAAAGUAAAUAUAUUAAUCCAAACAAAAAAAGCGAGAAGUCAGGUAAUGAAAACAGUGUAAGUGGUUAUAAUCUGCGCUCCAAAUGUGGAUCAUCAAAGCGCAUGAGCAAUUUCCAAGCGCUGAAACAAGUUUUCGAAGGCUCUAAAGACCCUAGCACUGAGCAAGCAGCUUCUUACGAUUCUUGUGUUAUGUCAGUAAAUGAGCCUCUCUUAAACAACAGUGAAAACCUUAAUAAACCUAACAUCAAAACCAAGAAUUCUCAUAGCUACCCUUUGGUUAAAUCUGCGGAAGAUGAAGUUACGCAUCAAAUCCGGGAAACAAGCAACGCAGAAAGUGACAAAGAAAGAGCAAAAGUGUCAGAAGAUGCAAUUAUGUCAAAAUCUGUAGGCGACAAGGUUACUAACCUUUCUCAAGAAAUACACAAAUCUGAAAGUGGCAAAGCAGAGGCAAAAGUCUCUCAUGUUUCAAACAUGUGCAAUGCACCAUUUAAAAGUUAUGAAGUAAGCCAGAAAAAAGAUGAAGAGGAUUUUGGUCUUACUGCAGGCUAUCUCAAGCCUGUCAAGGAAGCCUUUGAUGAAUGUGGAAUGAUGAGGAAAUAUUAUGGAGUUCAUUCAGAGAUGAAAGAGAAAACCAUAAUUCUUCUUGGAGCUUCAGGGAGUGGAAAGACAACACUGGUAAAUUUUAUUGCUAACUAUUUUAAAGGUGUUAAAAGUGCUGAUGGUGAGUUGGUACAUGUUGUCAGAAACACUAAUGAUGUAAGGUCAUACACAACAUCAGUUACAGCUUAUACAUUUUGUUCUAGCGAGCACGAGAGUCCCAUUACUGUAAUAGACACUCCGGGGUUAAAUGACUCUUCAGGGGCUGAAGUACGAGAUCAUGUCCAGUCACUUAAAACCUUCUUGGCAAAUGCUGCUUCACAAAAUUUGGAGAUACAUGGCAUUGGUUUUGUAGCACAAGCUCAUUUGGUACGUUUAACGUCAUCAGAACGCCUCGUCAUGGAUUAUGUUUCCACACUUUUUGGAGAAGGAAUUGAAGACCACUUCUUCACAUUUAUUACAUUUGCAGACAAUCUUGAGAUGCCACCAGUUGUAGAGGCCAUAAAAAAUUAUGGUGUGAAGUGUAAUAUAUUUUUGAAGUUUAACAAUUCUUCUCUCAGUAAUAACAAAACCGAUGAAAUUGAUGACUUGGACAGAGUUUACUGGAGAAUUGGGAGUAAAAGUUGGAGAAAAUGUAUGAAAUCCCUGCAAAACCUUCCUGCUCUAUCAGUCAAUAUUAUAAAAUCAUUGCAGAGUGAGGUGUAUGCAUCAACUGUGAUUGACUCUGCUGAGAGGGCACUAAGAACUGAAAUAAAAACCUUUAUUGGUUAUAUGAAAAGACAAAACUUCAUGACAAAAGAGGGAAUUCACGUAUGUGAAAAAGUUUGGGAGUUAGCAGCAAUUGUUCACCAUUUCAGAUCUACUCAUUUAUCUGACUCUAACAAUGUCGAAGACAUUUUAGCGCAUUUUGCUGAAGAAGUUUGCAAAGAUAAUGGAAUUGCUCAUUAUUAUUGCAUGAAGCUUCUUUCUCUUGCUCCAUCAAGAAUUUUAUUAAAUGCUGGAAUUGGAAUCAUACAGAGCACUGCAACUAUAUACAGAGAGGCUUCAGAAUCACUGAAUAAACGAAGGACACCUUCAAGUAUAGCUCUAGAAUAUUUAUACUGUCACAAAUGCGAUAAACAUCAUGAGUUGAGGAGAACAGAAACCACUACAAAAAGAAAUGGUCACUGUAUACGCAAUGCAGCAGUUAUUACUUAUAAGUGUACUGAAUGUGAAUGUGAUGCGGAUAUACAUGGCGAAAAGCCAUUUGGUGAAGAUCCUCCCGAAGAAUAUUUGAUUUCUAAUAAUGAUAACUUAAACACAUUACUUGAGCACACAGGAGAAUGCAUCACUAAGGUAAUAAAAGAUUUUUCCACUUCAGAAUAUUUGCUAGAUAAAGAUUAUUAUCUGAAUGUAAUCAAUGAAGUCACAGGUCAGCAAUAUGGUGAGCUUAUUCACGACCUUCUACAGUUCCAUUAGUAUGAAUGUUACUAAGUAUUUGAGUAAGAAUAGAGCUGAUUAAACUGCAAUCAACUGAUGAUUGAAAUGUAAUCAAUUAUUGUUAAAAAAUGGUUAUAAUUUUGACUAUAAUUUUUAAAGGGGUGGACCGGUAAGCCAGAGGAAGGCCUCGGUCAGAUGACCAUAAGCGGGUCAUCAGCAGCUAAGACCCGAGUCAGGAAACACCUGCUCUGUUUCCUGACAAACCUAACCUGACCUUUAAUCAAUUAGAAUAUUAUUUUUAAUUUGAAAGAGCGGAGGCAUGUUCCUCAUGUCCCAUAGUUUAAUAAAUAACUAACUCCUCUUGGAUCCCACAAGAAUAUCGUAUCACAUUACUUGUCAAGAUUUAUAUUUUUGUCUUUGUAUUGUUUUUAAGUAGUUUGAGUUUAUAACCUCUCGUUCUUCCAUGAGACUUUAAGUAGGUCAGACAAUUAAAAGUUUACAAUGGUCUUUAUAUACAAAAGUUUGAGGAACAGUAUGUUUUUGUAAUGCCUUUCUCAAUGCAUAAUUCGUAUUUUCUGCUCAAUACUGAAAAAUAUAUUGACGUAUUCAUUUUUGUUUAUUUGCUAACGUUUGCCAAUGCAUUAUCAGUAAUGUUAACUAACAUAAAGAAGGCAUUUUAGUAAAUUAUAUUACUGGCUGUAAUUUAAUAAGACUCAAUAUUGUUAUUAAAAAGAAUGCAAAAGCCUCAGUUUCUCAGAACAAUAGUGAUUUAAGAUGUGUAGACAAUCUUUAAAUACCUGGUGACUAAUUGUUGAUGCUCUGCUAGUGUCUGACCUGCUAACUUACAAAGUUAAGAUUCUGAGUAUAAAAUUUUGUGGAGGGAGAUGAAAGAAAAGUUGAUCAAUCAGGUGAGCAGAAUUUACCCUGCAUAGUUCAGUACCAAUAAAUAAAUCUACAAGUUUCUUUUUUUUUAGUUAUAUUACUUUGCACAUUCAGUGUUGCCUGUUUUCAUAUAUUAUGCUUUACAAUACCAGUGUUUUCAGCUUUUUUUCAUAAUUCUAGUUUUUGAAAAUCCAGUUAUUUACAUAUUUAUUUUAUCUCCAUUUUUAAGGAGAGGACACUGUACCUUUCAUGAGUUCCGAGAGUUUUCUACUCUGUACUAGCCACAUAUUAUAAUUUUGGUCUAAUAUAGUAUAAUGAGAAUUGUUUACAGAACUUAAAGUAGUUGAAAGCUUUUUUGAAGUUUCUCAGCAUUUAAUACAUGUAUUAUGUACAAUGGAACCUAGGUAAUCGAACUUAAUUCGUUCCAGGAGGCUGUUCGAGUACCGAACGAAUUUUUCCCAUAAGGAAUAAUGUAAAUUUGAUUAAUCCGUUUCAGACCUCCCAAAAUACACUUACAGCGAAUUUGCGGUGUAUUAUCGUAUGGUAUUUAUGAUUGUAUUCUCGUUUUUUUUAUCUCAUUUGAUAAAUGAAAGAUAUGUUACAGAAAAAGAGAUAAUUUUGAAUGGUUUACAGACUAAAAGUAGCGGAAAUUUUCGAUUUUUGCUGAUGUUCAAGAGUAAACAAAUCACGUCACACGUCCAAUACACGUUAACUGGUGGGUCUAAUAUGCUUUCACAAAUGCGCUGAUAUUAUUUAUACCAUUUUUCAAUAAUGCAUUAGUCUGUAUAACAGUAAAUCUUCUAUUUUUUGUGUGAAUAAAAAUUCAAAAUGGAAAGUAAGCCUAAUAUAAGAGGGGCCCGAAGUGGGAGGAGCUAUAGGAGGGAGAGGGAGGGGCCAGCAGAAGGAGCAUUCAGUAUCUGAUGAGCCAUCUUGGUAGCUGGAUACUAGCAGUUGCGUGAAUCCAGUGUACUGCAAUUAUGCUAAUAUUAGUAAUUAAGGUUAUCUAUCUUUUACAUGUAUUACAACUUGAUAUCAGAAACACGAUAGAUCACCUAGAAACACAAUAAAGAUGCCGAAAUUAAUAAAAGGCAUAUUACAUGGAGAGGCAGAGGUGUUUACAUCAGGGCAAACACACUCUAACCAAUUUUCUUUUUGGUUGACUGUUAUCACUAAUCUUCUUACCGAACAAAGUGUUCGAGUACCGAGUUAUUCGAGUACGGAGUUGUUCGAGUACCGAGGUUCCCCUGUAGUCUGAAGUCUCCAAGAAGCCUAUGUCUACUUCUACCCAGAAAAAAUCUGACAAAAAUUCACAACUUUUGUUAGAACUAAACUGAAUACUUCCGUAAGGUUUCAGUAUAGUGUUCUUACCUAAAGAAAUUUGAA